GUGUAGCGUGAUUUCCGCUGUGGUGCGCUGGAUUGCAAUUUCCAGCGUGUGGGCAUGCUUGGUCUACAUUAACGCCAUUAACAAAUUCGCUUCCCUGACGCUGGUUAUAUGGUAUAACCACGAAUCUUGCUCACUUGUGUCUUUUUUUCCCCAGCAUGCACAAGAGAAACCGGGAUUCCCGGCCUGAUUUAAUAAAUGAUGCUCUACAAUGAUGCAAAGUCCGGUUGCGAUUCUCGCCCUUAUCGGGAAUCCCUGUUCUUUCCCUAUAUGAGAUAACAGCAACCCGGAGCCUAACUGUCGAGGAGAGCGUUUCCAGUUUGCUUGUUUGCAAUGUAAAGGCUGAGAACGCCAGCUGUGGGCUUUAACAGGAUCCUCUUCCAGAAGACAAAAAGAAAGAAACCAAACAGGAAAGGAAUCCAAAUAUAUUUUCUGGAAAUCGAAGAAAUCUUCGGCAGAAAGGACUCCUGGCGCCCUCCCUCGGCCUGGGGAUACGGCGGCCCUCUGUGCACGGCCCGGCCCCCCUGUUCUUCUCUAUCCGUCAUGCCCUCGGCUCAGCUCCGUCGGCCCCUGGAGAAGCUCCGUCCGGCCCAGUAGGAUGCUGAAGCUGCCCCGACGACACCGCUUCCUCGCCUCACUCCGCCCACGCCGCCGGCUCUUGGCACUGCCCCCCCCAUCCGCCACGCCCCCACCAUGAGGGAUGAGGCCUUCGACGACAGCGCGCUGGCCUGGCUGGUGUGCUCGGGGGUGUCCAUCCUGGCCAAUGGCUGGGCCAUCCUGAGCAUCAGCGCUAAGCAGAAGAAGUGGAAGCCCCUGGAGUUCCUACUCUGCAUGCUGGCCGGCACCCACAUCCUGAACAUGGGCAUCCCCGUCACCAUGUACUCCGUCAUCCAGCUGCGUCGCCACUACUCCACCUACGAGUGGAACGAGGGGCUCUGCAAGGUCUUCGUCUCCACCUUCUACACACUCACCCUGGUCACCUGCUUCUCCGUCACCUCCCUCUCCUACCACCGCAUGUGGAUGGUGCGCUGGCCUGUCAACUACAGGCUGAGUAACACCAAGAAGCAGGCGGUGCACACAGUGAUGGGCAUCUGGAUGGUCUCCUUCAUCUUAUCCACACUUCCUGCUGUGGGUUGGCAUGACACCACCGAACGCUUCUAUGCCCAGGACUGCCGCUUCAUCGUCACGGAGAUCGGCCUGGGCUUCGGGGUCUGCUUCUUGCUGUUGGUGGCCGGCAGCGUGGCUAUGGGCGUCAUCUGCAUCGGUAUCGCCCUCUUCCAGACAUUCUCCAUGCAGGCGGGCCGUCGUGUGGACAAGAACAAGUUCAACGUGCCCACCAUCGUGGUGGAGGACGCCCAGGGAAAGCGGCGUUCCUCCAUCGAUGGCUCAGAGCCCAUCAAGACCUCCCUCCAGAUCACCUACCUGAUCAGCGGCAUCGUCUUUAUCUACGACUUCCUCACGGGCUUUCCCGUUCUUGUGGUGAGCUUCGCCAGCCUGAGGUACGACCGUUCCUACGACUGGAUGGUGCUGUGUGUGCUCUGGUGCUCCAUCGCCCAGUCAGCCCUCCUCCCCAUGUUCCUGUGGGCCUGUGACCGCUACCGGGCUGACGCCAAGACCGUGUGGGAGAAGUGUGUGGCAGUCAUGUCCAGUGAUGACGUUGAUGAAGAAAACGGCCAGGAUGGAAGAAUUCAUCCGGACUUAAUAUAUGACAGACCAUAUGACUAUAGCCCCACUGCCGAUAUCAUGACGGUAGACCAUAUUGCCAAGUAUGAAUUCUCAACUUUAGAAAGAGGUUAUCCAUUGCGAGAACCACAGGAAGAUAAAAUGCAGUAUUUGCAGGUGCCCCCUACCAGAAGAUACUCCCACGACGAGUCCGACAUGUGGACCGCGGGACUGAUCCCGUCCUACCUGCAUCGCUGGGGCUCCACGGAGGACAUGGCGGGGAUCCCCCACAACGGCUCGCCGCGCCGCGACCGCCGGAGGAGCAGCCUGGCCUCCUGGCAUGAGGGGAGCCUCCCCCGCCACAAGAGGCGGCGGUCCAACGACGGAACGCACUCACUGCCGCGCCCGCCACCGCCGCCGCGGCCGGCCGACUGCGCCGAGGAGGACCUACGCUGCUUCAGUCGGGAUGAGGUGAUCAGCUUCAUCGAUGAGACGCCGCUGCCCAGUCCCGUGCGCAGCCCACGCCGACCUUCCGCAGUUUCCCUCGUGCCCGAGGCGGCCGAGCACCGCAUCGUGCUGCUGCCGCACUUCCCGCUCACCGACUUCGAGCGCGAGCCACACGCCCUGCGCCGGCUCAACGACAGGGCGGCGCUAGAGAGGCUCAGAGGUUCACCCGGGCCGGGCAGGAAUGGGGGGCAGGGAGUGGGGGAUGUCUCCGGGAAAGGCUGUCACGAGAAGCCGAGGGACGGGAAGAGCGCGCCGGGCUCUGCGCCCCCGAGCCCAGCCUCGCGGACCGGGGAACACGCGCUCCAGGGAUUCAGGACAGGCCCGUGUGGAAGCGACAACUGGACGGAUCAAAAACUCCUGCCUGGAGCCGAGGGCAAACGAAACACGAAUAAUUUUAUAAGCUCCGCUGCAGUGUCCUCUGGAAAUAUGGCAUUUCAGCCAGAUUCUAUAGGAUCUUCUUCAUAGGUCUAUUAUUAUUAUUAUUAUUAUUAUUAUUAUUAUUAUUAUUACCACCCAUUCAUUAAUAACUGCCGCCGUUUUAUUGGUUUCUUCUUCUACAUGUUGAAUGUUUAUUGCUUUAGUAUGAUGAUCACAUGGGAAGGUGAUGGAAGAUGAGAGGCUUUUAGGGAUCAGAUCUGUGACGCAGCCACAAUACUGUCACCAAUAGGCACACUCAGCUGGGACUAAUAUUCAUACUACUGACCCAUUUGCAUUAAACAGCAGGGGGUUGCAAAGGCUCAGAAGCAGUGAUAAAAGCCUGUGUGAUGCUUGGAAAAACACGAAUUGUAUAUAAAAGUCCCCCCAUUGUAAUUGAGUGCAAAAUGUCUUUUAUGAGAGUUUUAUGUUUUUGCUCCCGCUUCAGAUACGACUUUGAAAUUGAAACUGACCGGUUUGCCUGCAUUCCUUUCUGGAUUUGCUGAACAAAGAUGUGCAUGAGAGGUUUCUGUGUACUUCUUUAGUACUUCAGUAUCUAUGAGCACAUGUCAGCACGUACCUUACGACUGUCCUCCAUUGCUUUGUUUCCCUUUCUGGAAAUUUCUUAUGAAAAGUGACCAGUGCAGCUGUUGGGAGGAGUACGUCCUGGAUGCCAUGCCAGUCUAUGCACACAAAUGGAAUAUCAGACACAGCAGUAAUAUGGGAGAUAUCCAGAGUCCACAAAGAAAGAGUGACACUUGUAUGUACUUUCCAUACCCCUGGAAUAGUGCAGUGUGCAGUCAAUAACCAACUGAAUACAUGUCAAUAUGAAUUAUAGUAAAAACAGGAAAAUCUUGUUUUGUAAUGACUGUAUGGAUGCAUCUGUAUUCUCAGGAUUUACGGGGAAUAAUUUUUUAUUUGGGCUUAUUUAAGUUCAGAGACACAAGAAACUUAUUAAAUGCAAUAAUCUGAGGUUAUGAUAUAUAGGUUAUUAUAUUCUUAGGUUUUACAGAAAAAUAGUUUUUUAAGUUUCUAAGAUGAUUUACACAGCUUGCAGCACUUUUUAAUGCUAAUUAGUUUAUUGGCAGCUAAUCACACACCCCGAUAUUUGAUGAAAUCCCAGUGGACACAGAAACUGGAUCUCAUCUCACUAUGUUGAUUAGAAAAUGAAAGGUCAACCUUUUUAGCAUUUAUACCACUUUAUUUAAAGUUUCUAUUGUCGAUUGUACAGUCACCUGUGGCCGCUUGCUGAGGCCUCACCGGCCCAUUCACACAAAAGGGCCUUGACACUAUUUUAAUCAUUAAACUCUUUCAUCCUUUGCUCAAAACUUUUGCCCUUUACAUUACAGUUAUAGUCGUCUUCUGACAUUUUAAUGGCUGGUGUUGCAUCAGUUACAUGGGCAAAAUAGUUUCUGUUUUGAAAUUUAGAAGAGACAUUUUAAUAUAGUAAAGCACACGCUUCUGGGACUUUUACUAACACAGAAAUGUUCUGAGGGCAGAAGGAAAAAUGA